CCUCGGAAAAAGUGAUGCAUAAUAGCUGAAAUUAAUAAAUUAAGUGAUGAAAUUCUUUUUUAAAUGCCUUUGAAAUUCUUAGAAGUUGAAAUUGGAUGGCACAUUUAGUGAGAUUGUGUUGUGAAAUUCCCUGUAGUUGUGAAAAUGCUAUUUUUUAGCUAGUUGCUGAAGAAUGAUGGUCUUAGUGUGGUGCAAUGAGCUGAAAUUCAUUUAAUUUGCUGUAAUUGUGUUGCAUUUGAGCUGAUUUUCUGUUUAACUAGCUGUAAUUAAUGAAUUAAGAAUCUUUUCUGGAGACCAUGUAGGAGGUCAAAAGAUCAAUCUUCAACUCCAGAUCAUUUGGGAUAAGAUUGUUGCUAUUGCCAUUUUUGAAGCUUUGAACAUGUCUUUGCUUGUUGUGUAUAUUCUCCUCUCAAGAUUAAUGUCGUCGACAGCUCUGCUAUAUUUCAAGACUGUUAAAACGACAUCAUUCUGAUUUAUGCUUUGUGUGUAUGUGUGGAUUUAUAACUGCUAGCCCUUACAGCUCUGUUAAUUUUGUGUUGCUCAUAAUUCACUAAACUGGUGCGGUCAUAUUAAGAAGUUUAAUCGACUUGGCGGUGGCUCUGCAAUUUAUGUGUGAAUAGUUUGGUUCCUUUAUAAUUGUUUUUGAUAAGUAAUUAAACUUUUGUUAGAAAAUAGUAGACAUCCUUGAUCCUACCAUACUGUUAAUUAAGCAAAUGGUCAUGCACAUUUUCAAAUCUUGAAUCUUGUUGUAUCUGAUUUAUUAAAAACAAUACUAAACUAGGUGCCCAUUUGGUUAAUCAGGGAGGUACGACUUGUUAAGCAUCGUGACUGUAGAUGGAACUUCAGAUGUUCAGCCACAUCUUUUGAAGAAAAGAUCAUGCUUCUUCGAAUCAAAUCAGGGAAAACAAAUAUACAUCUCCAAGUUUCUCUGAAGCUCUCACUGUUUAUCAGCAUAGCUUUCAAAUUGACCUGCCGACAUCAUUCUUCUUCAGAGACAGAAAUUGAAAGUGAGAGGAUUACCAAAAUUAUCAACGACCAUCCAUUUCCUAAUCACCCACUUCACCUUACCCUUUGUCACCAGAUUCCUCCAGUUGUCCUUUCCCCUACCUUUGUGGAAAAUGUUCUUGGUCGCCUCUUCGCAGCCCACUCUAAUGGCCUCAAAGCCUUUGAAUUUUUCAAAUACUCCCUCCUCCACUCCCAGUUCUGUCCAAGUUCUGAUGCUUUUGAAAAGACCCUCCACAUACUUACGCGAAUGCGCUAUUUUGAUAAAGCUUGGGAACUGAUGGAAGAAAUCAGGCGGUCACACCCUUCCUUGCUUACCCUUAAGUCAAUGAGCAUCAUGUUAUCGAGAAUUGCAAGAUUCCAAUCAUAUGAAGAUACCCUUGAAGCAUUCGAGAGGAUGGAGAAGAAAAUAUUUGCUGGGAAAAAAUUUGGUACUGAUGAGUUCAACAUACUUCUUCGAGCAUUUUGCACACAACGGCAGAUGAAGGAAGCACGAUCUGUGUUCAACCAGCUGCAUUCUCAAUUUUCCCCCAAUGCCAAGACAAUGAAUAUUUUGCUUUUGGGUUUCAAGGAAUCGGGUGAUGUUACUGCAGUUGAGCUGUUCUACCAUGAGAUGGUUCGAAGAGGUUUUAAGCCUAACAAUGUAACCUAUAAUAUCAGAAUUGAUGCCUACUGCAAGAAGGGCUGUUUUGGUGAUGGACUCAGACUAUUUGAAGAAAUGAAACAGAUAAAUUGCUCGCCUACAUUGGAAACAAUAACUACUUUGAUUCAUGGAGCAGGGGUUGCUCGGAAUACAACCAAGGCAAAAGAGUUGUUCAAUGAAAUCUGCAUGAGAAAUUUACUGCCAGAUAUUGGGGCAUACAAUGCCCUCAUGAGUUCUCUCAUCAGAUCUAGAGAUAUGAAGUCUGCUGCUAGCUUAAUGAAUGAGAUGGAAACAAAAGGUAUUGGACACGACAAUGUCACUUACCAUACUAUGUUUUUAGGGUUGAUGAGGGCAGAGGGCAUUGAUGGUGUUUCUAAGAUCUACCACAAGAUGAUUAAGAGAGAUUUUGUGCCUGAGACACGGACUGUGGUGAUGUUAAUGAAAUUCUUUUGUGAAAAUCGCCAGCUUGAUUUGGCUUUGAAUUUGUGGAGUUACCUAUUGGAGAGAGGGUAUUGUCCUCAUGGUCAUGCGUUGGAUCUCUUGGUGACUGGUUUGUGUUCUCGUGGCAGGGUACGAGAAGCUUUUGAAUGCUCCAAACAAAUGCUGGAAAGAGGGAGGCAUAUGAGUGAAGCUGUGUUUUGUAUGUUGGAGAGGUGUUUGUUGCAGGGAGGAGAGGUAGACAAAUUGAAACAGCUUGACCAAAUGAUAAAGAAACUGCAAGCUGUAUUGCCCCCAUCAACAGGACAUGCUGUUGGCAUUCAUACAUUCACUGAUAUGAAUUAGUAUGGUCCAUUUUAGUGUAUUCCCUCCCAUAAACCAAAAGAAAGCCUAUGUAGGAAUGUAUUUAUAUUUUUUCUGAACUGAAUGACAAAUAAAUAUUAAGAUAUGGAUUUUGUAAAGAUAACCAUGUUAUUACCAC